AUGGACCCACCGUGUUUCCCCUCACUGCACAGUGCCCCCUGGGCAGGACCGUCUGUGGCCCACAUGAAGGAGGGCGUACAGGCAGAGGCAGCACCCACAUCCCCAGAGUUAAACACAGAGAAUGACACCAGACCUGAAUCACAGGAGAGCUGUCCAGUUUGUGGAGACAAAGUGUCUGGAUACCACUAUGGCCUGCUCACCUGUGAGAGCUGCAAGGGCUUUUUUAAGCGGUCAGUGCAAAACAACAAACAUUACACCUGUACAGAACAACAGAACUGCCCCAUGAACCUCACUCAAAGAAAGCGCUGUCCUUACUGUCGCUUCCAGAAAUGUUUAGCUGUGGGCAUGAAGAAAGAAGCUGUACGAGCCGACCGUAUGAGAGGUGGAAGAAACAGAUUUGGUCCUUUAUAUCGUCGCGACAGGCAGAUAAAACAGCAAAGGUCUUAUCAACAGACAAAUGCUGCCCCCUACCGGAUUAAAGUGGAAAGUACAAUACCACACCAAUCUGUGACUCCAAAUGACCUUUAUCCUGCUGAUUGGAGCUUAAAUACUGCAUUGUCUUCUGCUACUUUUCAACAUAGUCACAUGUACCACACAGAUAUUUCUCAUCCAGAAUUAUCUACUCAUUGGGAUUGUAGUGUGAAUCCUGAUAGAGGGAUCACUUCUCCAUCACUGCCCUACACAGAGCGUCUUCCUCAAACCUUAGCGGGAUACCCCCUGGAAAAAUCUCAUAUGUCUUUUGAUUACCAUACAGCUUCUACCAGCCACACACUGGACAAAAUGACUAGUCAAUCUUACACCUCAAGAAAUGCACAAAUGGCUUCUUCAAAUGUAAACACAGACCCCAUUUUGGACCACACGUCACCCCCAAGCCAAGGCCCUUCCUCCAGCUCACUUCCAUCCAACUUUUUAGAUUCACUUCUUGAGUCAGAACAAGACGAAGACCAGUUAUGUGCAAAAGUCCUUUCCAGUCUGCAGCGAGAACAAGCUAACCGAGGCAAACAUGACUGCCUCAACACUUUCAGCAUCAUGUGCAAAAUGGCUGACCAGACACUUUUUGGGCUUGUUGAGUGGGCCAGAAACAGUGCACUUUUCAAGGAACUCAAGGUAGAAGACCAAAUGCAGCUUCUGCAGAACUGCUGGAGUGAACUCCUGGUGUUGGACCAUCUCUGCAGGCAGGUGACCUAUGGGAAAGAGGGAUGCAUAUAUCUGGUCACAAGACAGCAGAUUGAGGUCUCUACCAUCAUCUCACAGGCUGGAGUGACACUGAGCAGCCUCGUGUCCAGAGCGCAGGACCUGGUGACCAAGUUAAAAGAGCUCAAGUUUGACAGAAAAGAGUUUGUCUGCCUCAAGUACCUAGUAUUAUUUAACCCCGAUGUGAAGUCGGUGGUGAACCGCAGACAGGUGGAGCAGACGCAGGAGCGCAUCAACAGGGCGCUGAUGGAGCACACCCAACAGUCACAUCCGGGACACUCCGAUAAGUUUGGGCAGCUGCUGCUCCGACUACCCGAAGUGCGCAGCAUCAGUUUACAAGUGGAGGAGUAUUUGUACCAGCGCCACCUGCUGGGAGACCUGCCCUGUAACUCACUGCUCACGGAAAUGCUGCACACUAAACACAGCUGA